AUGUGCCUCCCCGUCCUAAGGGAGACGUGCGGCCUCGCCGGCGCGGCGGCCAACGCCACUGCCGGCGCUCGCUGCGACAGCUACAGCUUGACGUACGGCGGGUCGGCGGCGAACACGUCGGGCUACCUCGCCACCGACACGUUCACGUUCGGCGCGACGGCCGUGCCCGGCGUGGUGUUCGGCUGCAGCGACGCCAGCUACGGCGACUUCGCCGGCGCGUCGGGCGUCAUCGGCAUCGGGAGAGGCAACCUGUCCCUGAUCUCGCAGCUCCAGUUCGGCAAGUUCUCGUACCAGCUGCUGGCGCCGGAAGCCACCGACGACGGCAGCGCCGACAGCGUCAUCCGGUUCGGCGACGACGCCGUGCCGAAGACGAAGCGCGGCCGGUCGACGCCGCUGCUGUCGAGCACCCUGUACCCGGACUUCUACUACGUCAACCUCACCGGCGUACGCGUCGACGGCAACAGGCUGGACGCCAUUCCGGCGGGGACGUUCGACCUGAGGGCCAACGGCACCGGCGGGGUGAUCCUCAGCAGCACGACGCCGGUGACGUACCUCGAGCAGGCGGCGUACGACGUCGUGAGGGCGGCGGUGGCGAGCAGGAUCGGCCUGCCGGCCGUCAACGGCUCGGCGGCGCUGGAGCUCGACCUGUGCUACAACGCGUCGUCCAUGGCGAAGGUGAAGGUGCCGAAGCUGACGCUGGUGUUCGACGGCGGCGCCGACAUGGAUCUGUCGGCGGCGAACUACUUCUACAUCGACAACGACACCGGGCUGGAGUGCCUCACCAUGCUGCCAUCGCAGGGCGGCUCGGUGCUGGGAACGCUGCUGCAGACGGGCACCAACAUGAUCUACGACGUCGACGCCGGGCGGCUGACGUUCGAGACUGCACCGGCGGCGGCGGCGGCGGUGUCGCUGAUGACGAUGAUGCUCGUGCCUCUCGUUGCCUCGCUGCUGCUGUUCUAA